UGCUGAUUGUAGGCUCGUUUUCGAUGUAAGUUACAGUGACUCGAAGAGGACAACUUUCAGGCCGUUGUUGGAGUUUGGCUUUUCUAACGGAAAUACUCAUGCGUUUUCAGAGGCUCCAUUAAGCAAAGUUUUGUUUGGAUACCGUGGCCAUUAUGUCAGUAAACUGCCGAGCAGCCAACCAGGGACCAGGGCAGCUUGGUGUGUUCAGGGGCUAGCUGGCUUGCUGUACUCCCUGUAAAGGGUGGCAGCUGGAGUGGCUGCUGGAGUGGCUGCUGGGAUGCUACGGAAGAGCAGCAGCAGCAGUGGUGGCAGUGGGACUGAGCACACCCAGGGUCUGCCACGACACCUCCCCAAGCCCCACACGGGAUCUCUGUCGGCCGGAUCCACCAAGACCUGGGAUAUGGGCCGAAGCUCCAAGAACCCCAAUCCUCUGAGCAGCAUGGGGCUAACGUCUCACCUGAUGGGGGCACCGGGAGUGGACCCGGAGUAUGUGAUGCAGCUGGUGAAUGACGUACGGUGGUUCGCUGACGUGUUGCUCAGCCUCAAGGAGGCUUUCCAGUGUAGAGACAAUCUGGAAGAUCUUCAGGUGGUGGUGCAGGAACGUUUGGCAGAGUUACUCCGCGUCCUCAAGGCUGUUAUUGGCAAACACCAGACCCUCAAUUCAGUGGACAUCCUGGGAGCGGCUGGAACAGUCAUUGCCAAGGUCAAAGGCGUUAACUUCAAGGAAGUGAACCCAGAAAACACAAAAGCUAUAUUUGGCGAGAUACACACAUCCAUUGACACUUUGGCAUUCACAUUCGGCAAUGUAGUUUCUGACUUCCUUAUGGGAGAUGUGGACAGUGGCUCAGGGUUGGGGAUCCCCCAGACCAGGAGAAGCAGGUCUUUUGACAAUCUCUCUGUGGAUCCUGAGGGAUAUGUUUCAGAGAAAAAUGACCUUGCGGGCCCAGAGGUGCCGUUGUCACGGGAAGAAGAAGUCGACUUGACCCUGCUGAAGAAUGACAGUGGGGUGGAGUCCGCUUUACUCUACGCCAAGGCCUGGUCCAAGUAUAUCAAAGACCUUUUGGCCUGGAUGGAGAAACGACUGGCUAUGGAUAUUGAGUAUGCUAAAAAUUAUUCAAAAAUGGCUGAGUCUGCAAAGGCACUGGCGAGUCAACAGGACUACAUGCCAUUCAGUGAUAUCUACGUUUCCACAUUCAAGAACGACAUUGAAUACAAACAGCUGCUUAUUCAAACGGCAAUGGCUCUUCAGUCGAAUAAAUUCAUACAGCCUCUUCUGGCCCGGAAGAAUGAACUGGACAAGUUGAGGAAAGACAUCAAGGAGCAGUGGCAGAGGGAGCAAAAGAAAAUGCAAGAGGCAGAUACAACAUUGCGUAAGGCGCGAGCGCUGAAAGCCCAGAGGAAAGAGGAGUACCAGAAGGCCCACUCAUCUACCAACCGCUCCCAGGAGGAGCAGUCUAAUGCUGGUAACAAACAGCUGGAGAAGAAAAGGAAGCUGGAGGAGGAGGCUCUGCAGAAGGCAGAAGAGGCCAAUGACCAGUACCAGAACUGUAUGGCUGACGCAGGCGUCAGGAAGAUGGACAUGGCCAACGCCAAGAGAACCAUCCUCACACAGAUCCGAGAGAUGGUCUUCCAGUGUGACCUCACACUCAAAGCUGUGACAGUGAACUGGUUUCAGAUGCAGCAGGCGCAGACUGUGUCGCUCCCUGCCCACUACCAGGCCCUGAGUGAGAGUGCCAAGUUGUACGAACCGGGUGAAUGCUAUGCUGAGUUUGUCCGGAACCUGCCCAAAAAUCUACCUAAAGAGCGUUUGAACUCAGACUCCAUCUCCUCUGACAAUACCAGGUUUGUGUUCAACAAAAGGUCAGUGGGCAGCAGUCAUUCCUCCCACGGCAACCUGUCGCAGGCAUCCAUCACCUCCUGUGAUGUGCUGAGCGGAGACGAAGGGGACAGUCCCCUACACCGGCCUGCAAAGAUCAGCGAGAGGAGGUCCAACAGCAGCACAGACAUACAAGGGCUGAAAAGUCAGGGCACGCUGAGACCCUGGGCCUCCAGUAGUCAAGGGAGCCAGGGCGGGAUGUGCAGUGACUCAGAGAGUGCGGGAGGCAGCAGCGAGUCGAGGUCUAUGGACUCCCCCACCGCCAGUCCAGGUGACUUCAAACGACGGCUGCCCAGAACUCCCUCAACUGGAACCAUGUCUUCUGCUGAUGACCUGGAUGAGAGAGAGCCACCAUCGCCCUCAGACAAUGGUCUGGCAGAGAUGGUGACAGAGACAGCCAGUUCUCCAGGUCCCUUCCGAAAUGCUCAGAUGUCCAAAGCUGCUCAAACCCAUAAGCUGAGAAAACUACGAGCUCCGUCUAAGUGCAGAGAGUGUGAUAGUCUGGUGGUUUUCCACGGAGCUGAGUGUGAGGAGUGCUCUCUGGCCUGCCAUAAAAAGUGUCUAGAGACGCUUGCUAUUCAGUGUGGCCAUAAAAAGCUGCAAGGCAGACUACACCUGUUUGGUAUCGACUUUGCCCAAGCAGCAAAGAACAGCCCAGAUGGUAUCCCUUUUAUCAUCAAGAAGUGCACGUCUGAGAUUGAGAGUCGAGCCCUCAACAUCAAGGGAAUUUAUCGUGUGAAUGGUGCCAAAUCACGUGUUGAGAAGCUCUGUCAGGCGUUUGAAAAUGGAAAGGACUUGGUCGAGCUGUCUGACCUCUCACCUCACGACAUCAGCAAUGUCCUCAAACUCUACUUGAGACAGUUACCAGAGCCAUUGAUUCUGUAUCGAUACUACAACGAAUUUAUCGGCUUGGCCAAAGAGUGCCAGAGAGUGAUUGUGGAGGAGGCUGAUAAAUCUCAGCGCACCCAGACAGAAGAGAGAGGUGGGCCGAGCAUCCAGCUCAACAGAGUCAUUUACAAGAUCAGAGACUUUCUCCACCAGCUUCCUACAGCCAACUACAGGACUCUGCGCUUCCUUCUAGCACACCUUAACAGAGUGACUGAGCAGGCAGAGGAGAACAAGAUGACUGCGAGUAACCUGGGAAUUAUCUUUGGACCCACACUGGUCAAGCCACGACAGACGGACGCUGAGGUGUCCCUGUCCUCCCUUGUGGACUACCCCUACCAGGCCCUGAUGGUGGAGCUGCUGGUGCGACACUUCCAAACUGUCUUUGAUGCAUCGCUUAUGCCUGGCUCAGACAUCACCACAACUGACCAGGCGUCCCCCAGACUCACCCCCCAAGAGAAGGUGCAGCGGCUCAGCAGACACUCCACUUCCCUGAUGGACAUCAAAGAGAGUGCCAAAGUGUACAAAAGAUACUCAUCAAUAAUCCCGUCCUCACACAUCCUGAAUGAGGUUCAGGAGGUCCAGCCAGGAACAGACAGAACAGAGGAAUCAGCUCUGGACAGACUCAACGGGAUCCAGACAUCUAGUGGAGGAGAAGUCCAAAGGUCAACACUGGUGUUUGGCCGUCCCAGCACCACCAUCCCUUCCACCACCACCACCACCGCCGCUGUGGCACCAAAGGUCCAGCUACGCACCCAGCGCACCAGACAUGUGUCUCGGCCUAUCAGCAUGCCGCUGGAACGCCUGCCCACCCCCGCCCACAUCAGCGAGAGGAACAACCGUAACACUGCUGCUAACGUUGAACGGGACCCCGUCUCUGAAACUAUACAGGAGAUUCCAGAGACAGAAAAGGCUCGACAAAGUGGCUCAUCCAGGGUUAGCACCUACUACAUCACUCCUUUCAUUGACACACAGACGAUGCAGAGGAGAACGUGGGACAGGAAGUACAAGCACUAUGAUGUUACACCCAGGACUGCUAUGAUUGUGGCCAACCUGCCAUCUGCCAGCUCUGGGGUACAACCUGUAAAGGCAACUGUGCCUGCCGCGGUCAGCCCAGCAGUAACCACUGCCUCUGUGGUCCCUACCACAAGUAGUGUGAGCACUGUAUUCUCCAACAACCCCUACACAGUGUCAGCCAAGCCUGUCUGGACUUCUAAAAGGGAAAAUGACACCAAUAAUUCAGUCGGUGAGUCUAGCAGCUCACCAAAACUUCCGCUAACGCUCAGGGCACCGAGAACUCUGCAGCCUCCUCCUGGAACUUUCUACAAGCCCCCUGCUUCCAUUAACAGCAGAGCCAGAACGCUUCCGAACUGGACUACUACUGUUACAACGGUCACCACCACCACCACCUCAUCGCUCGCCCCCACCAACCCUGCCGAGGUAGUCACACCGUCCCCUGCCCUUACAAGCCCCCCACAGACACGGCUCCAGACACAGGACUCCACUGACAGCGCCAUUGACCCCGGGGUCUCAACCUCAGCUACCCUUUCUCCCCCACAGUCCCCACCCCCAAGCAGCCCUGAAGACCUCAGCCCCAGUGAGACUAAACCCGUCUACCAAAGACUGCGACCUCGGCGGAUGCAGGAGCUUGAGCACAGAGAGGCCCAUUUUGUCUGAUGCCAAAAAAACCAUAUUAUAUCUGUAAAUAUUAAUGUAUCUGUGCCAUAGUGUAUACUUUGGAAACAUUUUUUAUCAUACAAGCUGAGAGUGGGAAAAAAUAUAGGCCUGUGAAAAUAAACCAUAAAAGUGUUAUAAGUACUAAUAUAUUGUAUUUUACAUGUUCAAGUCCAAGUGUCAACAGUGGUUGGUCACCCAAGCAUUCAAAACAAGCAAUUAUUACAAGUGUGAUGCCAUCAUUGAAUGUUUAGUUUUGUUUUUUAAAUAACAAAUACAUGAAUUUUUAUGUGAAAGAAAAUUUGCCAACCACAGAUUGAUACCUGUCUGUAAAGAAUUGUAAGCCUAUCAUUUUCCUUGUUUGAAAUGAACAGUUGAGUUCAUGUUUGAUUUGUUACAAAAUUCUAUUUUAUUGUAAUCACACUAUGCACUUAAUGCAGGUUCAAAUUCUAAUGUUGCUGUUAAUGUUAAAAUUAGAUUAAUUUUGUAUUUUAUUCCACAAGAAACAGAUGAAAGUAUUUUUAACAUGGAGUUCAACAUUCUUACCUUUUAAAUUUGUCCAUUGUAGCCUGUGAUUGGUACAUCCUUCUCAGUAUGUAAACCUUAUGUAUCUGUUUACGUUUUUUAUAUCCAUUCAUACAUACUGCAUGUUUGUCACAGUAAUUUUGUCUCAUUGCAUUAUUGUGACUAUACAGAAGAAAAACGACAUGCAACAGUACUUGCUGCAAAUUAAAAAUGUAGUUGAA